UACGCUCAGUUUGAUAUUCGCUUUCGGUCGGUUAGCAUCGCUGUGGGAAGCGGUGAAUAAGCGUGUGCGAUUGUACGAUCCGUGAGAUAAUUCAAUUAAAAUAAGCAUACGAGUAGAAGCGUAAAAGCUAAGCAAUAAAAUUUAAAAGCAACAAAACUAAAAAAGAGAAGAGUAGCCAAAAAUCAAUAAAAAGUUUCAAGUUUAAGAUCUACCCAAUCAAAGUGGAAAUGGACGAACAGGACAUCUCAUUUUUCGGCAGUAAGAAAAAGGACAAAAGCAAAUCAACACAAAAUCUAGAAGCUGUGCCUGAGAAACCCAAGACUUCACAAGACGCUAAAAUAAUUUCCCGACCCACAACAGAAGUCGAUUACCGAACAGAUAAUCCACACAUCGGUCUUGCCAUUGUGCUCAACCACAAGCAUAUCAAGGGCCAGACGAUACGUAAUGGAGCCGAGAAAGAUUGCAAUGAUAUUACGGCUUCUUUGGAAAAUUAUGGUUUCGAUGUGCGCGUCUAUAAUGAUUUGAAGAAGAAGAAAAUUGCAACGCUUUUGAACACAGUGGCCACUGAGGAUCACAGCCAAUAUGACUGCUUCGUCUUGGUCGUUAUGUCUCAUGGUGAUAAAGGCAGAAUAUGCGCAGCCGAUGACUUUUAUUCAACCGAGGAGCUGUGGGAGCCACUACUCGGCGACAACUGCCCAAGUUUAUUGGGUAAACCGAAGUUAUUCUUCAUACAGGCCUGUCGUGGAAAGCGCAUACAGCAACCAGUAUUGAUAGCCUCACGUGCAGCUUUUCAACGAGCAACCUUUGAACCAGCCAGUAUGCCCCAACCCACAACUUAUGCCAUUCCAACCACGGCCGAUAUUUUGGUUAUGUAUUCCACAUUUGAAGAUUACUACUCCUUUCGGAACAGCGUAAGUGGUUCCUGGUUCAUACAAAGCCUUUGCAGUAUUUUGAAUGAGGCAGCCGAGAGCAGCGAGGCACAAGCCGAUGGCGUUGAAUUGUUACGACUACUCACCGCCGUUAAUCGCAAAGUGGCAUACGAGUAUCAAUCGUACAGCGACAAUGAAUUGAUUAAUGAGAAGAAGGAAAUGCCGAAUUUCAUGUCGACACUCACCAAAUCAUUCUAUCUGAAAGUGAAGCCGAAAAGUGUCGAUGCUAAGAUCGAAGACGAUCUGCCAGUACUCGAUGGAGUAAUCGAUUUGGAGGAAAGAAUAAAUCGGAUUUUCAAUAUGGAGGCGCAAUAUGCACCACUGUUUAGCACUCCACACCAAUAUAUUUAAACGCAAGCAUUCCCGUGGAAGCCGCUAUUUGCCUUUAUUGUUCUUAUUUGCAUUUAUAAUUUUGUGCUUCGUAUUUAAACCAAAAAUUAUAUUUUGUUUUGAAUUUCAUUGUAAGUUUUUCAAUAAUAAAGAUUUAUAUAAUAUUAAAAAAAAA